UUCAACAGCAUAUAAUAUAGCAGAAAAGAGAGCUAUCACAACAUCCAUCACAUCUCAGCUGAAUCAGACCAGAUUUCUGAACUGAAAUACAUCUCUGGAUUUGGAAUGAUGGGGCCCCUGGUGACUGUCUUCUUCCUGUUGUUGUUUUCAGGGACCACAGUUCUUGGACAGAAACAAGGAAAACAGUGUGAUUCUCUGGUAUACAAGGACAAAGCACAAUCAAAAGGCACACCCUUUUUCACAAACAAAGCCUACUUCAAUGGAAAACUCAUCUACAAAUAUGAUAGCACUAGUCAGGAGGCAGUGCCUGAACCAGGAUGGGAAAAUGCUAAUGACUGGAACAAUGAGAGUAAGUCUCAAAAAGGAAGAGGAGAUUUUGCAAUGGAGAACCUGCAAGAAAUUAUGGGCUACUAUACAGAUGUCACUGGUUCACAUGCCUUGGAUGCAACUUAUGGCUGCCAACUUUGCCAGAAUGGUAAUACCAAUGGAUUCUGGCGUUACAACUAUGAUGACGGUCCAUUCAUUGAGUUUGACAAAGAAAUACCAGCCUGGAUCCCAAAGCAACCGGCAGCUUACAUGAUCAAAGACAAAUGGGAAGCAGAUAGUGCUGUGUAUCGGGCCAAGGAAUAUCUGGAAGAGACAUGUAUUGAGAAUCUCAGACACUACCGGGAUUAUAGGAAGGCUAAUUAGGAUAAACCAGAUGGCCAAGAUUGAGGGGGACUCAGGAAUGGAGCUCCAUCUUAAGCCCAACCAAGAAGAGAAUGAGAAGCUGUGAAGAUCUUCAUUGCCAUCACCAUUACCCCUCUACUUAACAGUGACCUGUCAUUGGAUUUCCAGCAAAGAGAAUUACAUAGACCCAGGUUCUUCCCUGUAAGAGCUUUCAAUGUGAAAUAAACAGCAUUAAGCUGAACAACUAACUAAAUGUCUCAUAAAACAAAAUAAAAGUCAUAUAGCAUUUA